GACUGCUUUUCUUUUGUGUCAUCAUGAACGUGGCAUCUGUAUUGCUCUGUAUAUUGCUGAAAGUCCUGGCUGUGAACUGUCAGGGCUUUGCACAGGAACGCAUUGUGGGAGGCUACGCGCCGGUUCCUCAUUCCAUCAGGUACAUUGUAUCUUUACAGACGACAAGCCGCCAGCACUUCUGCGGGGGCUUCCUGAUUAACAGAUUCUGGGUGAUCACAGCAGCACACUGUAAUAUUGGGAUAAGCAAAAUGGUGGUAGUAGCAGGAGACUACUCUUUGUCCAUUUAUGAAGGCACAGAGCAGGAAGUGUUCCCCCACUUUUUGGUGACCCACCCUGAGUACAACAGCACGACAAACAACAGUGACAUCAUGCUCAUUAAGCUAAGGGCACCCAUCGACCUGAACAACUACGUGUCCAUCGUUCUGCUGCCCAGGCAGGACGCCUCCAUAGCGGAGGGCGAAAUGUGUCGAGUGUCGGGUUGGGGAUACACCAGCCCCACAGGGGGCCAGAUUCCAGCCACCCUUCGGACUGUCACACUUCCUAUUGUGUCUGCAGAGAAAUGUAACAGCACUGAGUCGUUUAAUGGCCGCAUCACUGACAGAAUGCUUUGUGCCGGCUACAACAUUGGUGGAAAAGACGCCUGUCAGGGAGACUCAGGUGGCCCACUUGUCUGUAACGGGCGGGCCUAUGGAGUGGUGUCAUGGGGAAGAGGAUGUGCCGACGCUGAAUUUCCUGGAGUCUACACCGCCGUGUCCAAGUUCCGCCGCUGGAUAGACAACACCAUAUUUAGCUACUACAGCAGAUGUAAGAAGAAUUAGGGCUCAGUGUUAACUCAUUGGAGACAUAGCUUCCUCAUUUCAAUGUUGCCUUCUUUGAUCUAAUUUUACACGCGCUAUAUCAGGUGAACACUGUUCAGGGAUGGUUCCAUAUUUUAGGAAACGGUCAUGCUGGCUUUUGGGCUGAGAGCUGUUUUUUUUUACACUAGACAGCCAUGACUUUAUGAAAAAUGCAAGGAGGAAAAAAAAGUUAUAAUCUUAUUAAUAAUGCUGGAACAAGAACGUUGAGAUUCAUUGAAAAUUGCCAGCCCCCCAAAACAAAAGAAACUGGUUGCACAAAACUUCUUGAGCUUCCUAAAAACUUCAGCUUAAGGUACCAAAAACUCAUAAAAUACUAAUCCUAAGUAAGUGCACUACUACACUAAGCUAGUAGCAGUAAUAGCAGUUCAAGUAUCACAGUAUUAGAAUCGUGGUUUUAGAAAUUCAACCUCACAAUCUACAGAUACUGAAUUUCUACUUGUUUAUCUUAAAUCAACUCUAAGUUGGACCUGACUGAUAAUCACAUAUUUAUGGCUGAUUAAUGUUAAAUGGAUUUUUUGCACACAAAAAAAACAUCUAAUCAUUUACACAGAAUAGUCAGAGAAUAUCUGAUAUCUGGAUUGUAAAUGCCAUGUUGAUGAUAGAUUGGUUCGAGAUAAUAAAAGGGCAACUUUUGGUUUAAUUACGCUUUGUUAGCGCCAAAGGAUUCAGAAUACUAUUUCUGAAUACACGAUACGUGAAAUCUAGGAGGAGAAAACCAAGACCUCAGUGUCACUUUUGUUAGCUAGGAACAGGAAACUGUUGGCGCUCAAGUUUAGUAGCACCUUUUUAGACGGUGGGGUCAGAGAUCUGUUGCUUCUAUACCAAGAAGAAUGAAAGUGGUUAUGAUGGCAAAAGAGAAAGUUGCACCUUGUAAAGCAUCAAGCAGUAAAUCUAAAGAGCUACCAAGUUCAAAAGGGAAACCUCCAAGGACAUUUGGUUAAUUUUCAAUUCCCACCCUAAUUUUGGAAUUCAAAGAACAUUCUUUAUUGUUCCAUAACCUAUAACAAAAACAUUAACCCCUAGAGGAUGUUCCCUGAAGUUUUCUGUAGGUUUUGCUCUAUGUAACCUUAGAAGAACCUUUAGAGAGCUUAGCUUUUAAAAGGGGAGUGUUUCCUAGUUACCCAGUAGUGUAAAAGCUAUUGUCAGCAAAAUACGCUCAGACAUAAAGCAUAAAUCUCAGAAGUUACUGUCUAAGCUAAGAUAAACUAAACUAAGCUAAUAUAAUCUAAACUGAGCUAAGCUAAGCUAAGCUAACUAAAGAGAUAAGAGACAAGUAACAAUUUUCAAGUUUUCCAAAUGUUGGACCAGUUUCUUUCAGUUUUGUAACAGAGUUAAGUUCUCCUUUAAUAAGAACAGCGUAAACAUCUUCAACCUCAAUAGCUGAUCUGUCAAACAGCCAUGAUUUCACAACAUCAGGUAAAAGGUGCCAUACUAUCAUUCACCGGCUUUAUGUGGACUGUUUGAAAGGCUAAAGACAAAAGUACAUUCACACACAUCAAAUAAAUGCACUUAUAAAUAAGAGAAUGAAAUUAUGAAUAUUCAUCUCUCUGAAGAUGAAUAUGAAUGGAUAUCUCCGAAGAUGGACACGUUAAAGUUAUUGUUCAAUUCAUUAGCAUUAUUCUUUAUGAGCAAUAAAGCGAUAUUUGUCUGAUUUAUGGCAUUUAGGAUAAUAAGCCCUCUGUUCAAUAACAGAUCUCUUAUGAAUAAUUUCAUGCAAGCAUUGGGUUUGUCAUUGUUUUCCAACUCUUCUUUAAGGGGUGUGCAAUUUGUGUGUGCAAUUUCCACAGGGUUUUUAUUAAUUAACCCUUUUUUACAUAUCCCUGGACAGUGACCUCAAAGUUUAGAAAGGGGUUGGUUUGUAUUACAUUGUGCAACAAAUGUACGUUACAAAUGGCUAUAUGAAUUUAAAAAAUAAUUAACACAACUAUUUGUAGUGUAUGGCGUUUGUUUUUAUAUGUGCAUGUACAACCAUGGUAAAAAGAAAAUACAUCCUCAAGUUCUAGGGUUUUGUGUGUACCUGACGCAAGAAAAUCUGAAAACUUAAACCGGUAGAUUAUUUUGUUGUAACAAUGCCUGUUGGCAUUAUACUGUUGAAAGUCUGCUUUGUUCCUCUGGUAAAUGGUACCACAUUUGUAAGAAUAAUACAAUAUGCAUAAUUGAGUUUGCAAAUAAUCUUUGGUAAAAUCCCCAGAACAGACCAAGAGUGCAUUUUUCCUUUUAUCCUCACUAUGUGUUGGAAAAACAAACUUUUUCGACAAGCCUGAACUGUUACCUGGAGUACUUGGUGAUUUAUUUAUGAAGUAGCAGCUGAGAUAUCCUAUAAAUAUGCAGAAGGUACCAUGGAGACAGAGAAGUGAACAAAUUCAGGGAACCUUAGUAAAAAUAAAAAUUUAAUGUAUAUGAACACAUAGAAUAACUGUAUUGUUUUCUUGUUUUAUACACGUAAAUAAAUUACUCUUCUGCUUUA